CUGCAAAACAGUUGAAAACAUUCAUGACCUUUUACUGAUCUGCAGUCAGCGUGGUAAAAGAUGUUUUUAUUAAAGUAUAUGAGAUCUGUAUGACAAGUAUAGAAUUUCAGAAAAGGCGUUAACAUCAUCGAAGUAUCGAAUUUAAGCUCCAAGUGGACACAACAUCCAGAUACAAUGAAGUCAGAAAAGAAUUGCAGCCCUUGUUUCUGUGCCAUCAUGUCUUUUUUAACCGGAUUAAUUCUCAAAAAGAGGACAUUCAGUGAUUAACUCAGUACAUGUGAACACAUUCAAGUUAUUUCUUUAGGGAUUAUAUGCGGGAGGGGUCCAAAAUCAGUCUGAUAGUAUUUUGCUCAAUAAACUGAAUAUGAAGUUCACCUUAAUGCUAUGCACAGACUGAUGUGGCCACUCAUACAGUGUGGAGUACCAGAUGAGCAACUUCUAAUCUUAAAUCCCAAUGUGUUGCAUCAGUAAUAUGGCAGUUGCAACAGCUCAAAGUUCUAAAAAUAAUAUACACUCAAAGGAGUUUUUAAAAAAAUUAAAAGAGUAUGAAGAAUUCGUUUGUGGCUGGGGGUCUGCAUUUAUCAACAUCAUGAUUACUUUUCCUAUAAAUAAAGUCAUGUUUCGUCAAAUGCUACACGGUGUAGAUUCGCAACGUGCAAUCCGCGAACUUAAAAAAGAAGGCAUGCAGUUUUUGUAUCGAGGAUGUCUUCCACCACUCUUACAGAAAACAGCUUCUGUAUCACUUAUGUUUGGUACCUAUAAAACUUAUGGUGAAAUUAUCUCAAAUGAAUUUCCCACCAUUCCUUCACUAACUGUUUUAUGUGCUGCAGCCACAUUAGCUGGAAGCACUGAAGCCAUUCUUACACCUUUUGAAAGAGUACAAACACUUCUUCAAGAUGGUCACUACAAUACGAAAUUUAGGAACACUUACCAUGCUUUCAUUGAACUGAGAAAAUUUGGAUUUAAGGAAUACUACAGGGGAUUUACUCCCAUUAUUUUACGAAAUUCUGUUGGCAAUAUUUUAUUUUUUGGACUUAAAGAUGAAGUCAAAGAACUGCUACCCUCCUCUAAUUCUGUUUUACAGAAUUUAAUAAAUGAUUUUAUUAGUGGUGCAUUUGUAGGUGCUCUGUGCAGUACAAUAUUUUAUCCUGUAAAUGUUGUUAAAACACAAAUGCAAGUAUGUUGUGGGACACCAUUUUCAUCUAUGUUAGAGGCAUUUAGACUGACUUACCAAGAAAGAGGACACAGUAUAAGGAAAAUGUAUCUAGGUGUUCAUGUCAAUUACACUCGAGCAUUUUUGUCCUGGGGCAUAAUCAAUGCUUCUCAUCAGUUAUUAAAGAAAUUUUUUAAUCAAGAUAAUUCAAUGUCUUGAUAUUCUAUUCAACUUUAGACACAUUUCUUAAUAUACAAAAUUCUUGAUUUUAUAAAAAGUUAUCAGGGGAAAAAAUUUAAAGCAUUAAUGUUUUCUCAGAUCUAAAAUAAAUUAAAUAACGAUUUUGUUAUAUAUUUUCUUGCCUCAGAAGAUAGAACUUUUCCUUAAAAAUGUGUAGAACUUAAAAGUAGAAUGGAUAAGUAAAUACUUGCUAUUAUGAUUUUGAAGACUAAACGCAUUAUACUAAAAUUUGAAGCUGUAGAUGUAGUUAGGAAAGUAAAUUAUAAUAAUCUAAAAUCUUAGUGCACUUAGAAUUCAUCUACUUUUAAAAGCAAAUUUAAUUACUUAUUUUGUAUUUUUAUCAGUUCUACUAGAUUUCUAGUCAGUUAUUCAUUUUCAAAUAAGAAUACCAUAUUUCCUUGUGUAUAACCUCUGUAGCUUUUUGUACUAGGUCCUGAAAAUUUUUUAAAUAGUCACGUAAUUUUUGCCUUUCUCAAUGCAUUCAGAAAACAAACUUUCUUCACUUUUAAAAUGGAUUCCUCAUAGUGACUGUUUUCAUCUUACUAACAAAGGCAAAUACUGACAUACUACCUCUGAAGGCCAUUACAAACCUUUUCUUUUUGUCAAACUUUACACAAGAACCAAUCUAUUACAGCAAAGCAAGCACAAACCAACACUUGGUGUUGGCUGCAUAUUCAUCUUCUUUGUUUAUAGAUUAUUUUAGGUUUAAGGAGUAACAGAGAUGGCAAUAAGAGUGAAGUAGAAAUGCAGAUACAGAAAUAAUAUUGUUAUAGUUACCUGUCAUUUAUCCAUGACUACUUCUCAUUUGUUAUGUGCAUACAGCAACCAUGUCCCUCAGAAAUUAAAUUAUUUGCAUAAUUUAUCUCAAUCAAUUUUCGGACAAUAAUAACCUUGGAUGAGAAGAAGGAAUACACAAGGAAAUAUGGUAUAUGUUUUUGGAGUAAAAGUAAUUUAUUUAUAACUUAGCUUUUUUAAUUCAGAAAAGUAUAUAGGUUUUUCAUAAGAAGUUUGUAUUUUGUGUGUUAGUAUUCUGAAAUAAGUUAAUUACAACUAAUUAAUUAGUUAAAAGUAAUUCCAAAUUAAUAAUUGCAACUGAAGUUUUAAAAAUACUGUUUUAUUAUUAAUUAAUAAUUUAAAAGGCUACUCAUUUAGAUUAUAAUAAGCAAGUAAUAAGUUAAUGCUAAUGAGCAAAAAGUUGAGGAGAGUAUAAAUAGAUAAAUAUUUCUACCUUUAUGCUUCAUUCUAUGACAGAAAUUUAUACAUUACUCAUUAUGAACCAUAUUGCAUGUUUAAAUAAUAUGAAUGAGAGAUGAAAUAAUAAAUAUUUUCAUAUAUUUACAAAAUAGCCAGGGAUCUAAUGAUAUGUUGAAUAUUUAUUUUUGACCGAUGACCUAAUGACAAACACAGUUUGAUAACUGAAACAAAAAAUUUGAAUUUUAUCGAAAAAAAAGUAUUAUUUUUUAAUUGUAUUAUUAUGAAAAUAGGAAUUUUAUAAAUUUGUAUUGAAUUCUCAGCUCUCUUCUGACAGAAUUACACUUUUUAAAUCUAAAACACAUUCAAAUUAAAAAAAAACUAUAAAUGCUAUUUUAUGUGUAUUUAAAUAUACUUUGCAAAAAUACUUUGAAUGAAUUUUAUAAUUUGCAUAUUUCUUUCCAUUAUGGAUUGAAAUAUAUUUUCUUUAUCCAUUUCUGUGAUAAAAAAAUGAACAUUUGUGUAUUUGUCAUGUGCAAUACAGAAAUGUGUUUCCUACACUUCUUAUAAUGUCAAAUUCUAGUUGUGUAUAUAUUGUUUAGCCUAAAUAUAAAACAACUUGUGAGAUAUUUUUCUGGAGGAGGGAAGGGUUUGUACAAUGAGCUCACAUGUAAAUUUUACAUCUUGAAUAUGUUCAUAAAGGUAAUAAUUAAGUAAUAUAAAUAUCAAUGUCUCUUUGAGUUAACAGUAAGCAUGUAUCUUAAAAUUAGGCAAAAUAGCAACCUCUUGUUUGGCAUAGAUUUUAAUUUCGAGUCAAAAUCUAUGCCAAACAUGAGGUUGCUGUUGUGCCCAAUUUUUUUAAGUUUUACUUAUCUUGAAGUAAAUGUUUUCUUUUGAUCUGAAAAUCAAGAAACAUGGAACAAAUUAGUUAGAAUUUUCAUAAGGGAAGGAAAUCUUUAAAUUUAGGGCAGUAUGUUAAAUUCUACUCUACAGAUAACUCAAGCCUUUGUGGUCAUAAUGAGUUAAUAUCCUAUGGGCCUUAUUACAGGGUUGCCACUCAAACAGGAGAAUGAAAUUCCCUGACUUUUCCAGGUUUUCCAGGUAUGUUUCAAGAAAAUUCCAGUCUAUCCGCAUAAUGUACGUUGGCUGUGCUAAGAGGUA